AUGGAGCGCUUCGCUGCCGUUUUCGUCAAAAUUCAGAACCUCAACCCCGAAGUUGCAUUGCACUCCAUGCUCAUGGCACUCAAGCCAAACCCUUUUGUCGAUAGCCUUUGUAGAAAACCUCUCAACGACAUGGACGAUCUACGAGCACGAGCCAUUGGGUACAUACAAAUGGAAGAGCACGCCGAAUUCCGAGAGAAGAUGCAUGCAAAGCCAACCAAUGGCAAUAGCACAGGCCAAAAGGAGAAGCUCAAGGUUUCCAACGAGGCACACUUCAAGCGAUCACACCAAGGAAGAGGCCCGAGGUAUGAUUUCUACACUUCGCUGAACACAUCUUGUGUCCACAUCCUUGACGAGGUAGCCAAUACCGACCUCAUCUCUUUGCCACCCCCAGGGCACACCCCAACGAACGUCGACAAGUCCAAGCAUUGUAGAAACCGCCACAAAUUCGGCCACACGAUCGAAGAGUUCUGGACACUCCGAGACAAGAUCGAGGAGCUGACACAGGCAAGCCACCUCGGACAAUAUGUCCAUAGGUCCCAAGCCCAGAGAGGAGGACACUCCGGGCGAGGACGCGAAAGAAGACGGGGAUAUCACUCCCGCAACGACCAAGCUUCCAGGUCUAGACCUAACACCGAGCAUGUCGAUCAACCGGAGCCUAAAUUAGAACCCAACCAGGCCCCCCUCCGUGGAGUAAUCAACAUCAUCGUUGGCGAAUUCGCGGGGGGUGGUGCCAGCAACUCCGCUCGCAAGCGACACCUGCGUAGCGUCAACCAUGUCCAAAGUCGGCCACCACCUCACAAGCCAAAGAGCCCACCUAUCACCUUCACCGACGAGGACUACGCCGAUAUCAACCCAAAUCAAGAUGAGCCAAUUGUCAUCUCCAUCGAGGUCGCAAAUUGGACAGUUCAAAAAACUUUAAUUGACUAG